AUGGAGAGAGUAGGCAUCGAACCUUGUGUGAAGAUAGACACUCCAACCCUUGAUCUUCUCAAGAUAAGAGAUGAUGUCACAUGGUAUCUAAGGAAGCUUGGCUUGAGCAAGCUCUUCAAGAUAGAGUGCAGCGAGUACUCAUUGCUCACCAAGGAGUUCCUCUCCACAGUAGCUCUAGCCUUCCCCAACAACAAUGAAGACCAACCAGCUGGUGAUGGACUCCUAUUCUUCAAGAUAGGCAACACCAAUGGGCGCAUCUCCAUCUCAGCUCUAUGCCAACUCUUUGGACUUCCAAAUGAGACAGCCCAUGAUUUCAAGGAGAACUCAAAGAGGAAGCAAGCUGCCUUUAAUGAUUGGACACACUUUGCCAAUGAACCAUUCUUGCCUUCAAGAUCAAAGGUGUCUAGAAUCACUCAUCCAGCCAUUCGCUAUGUGCAUCGCCUCAUCUCCACCACAUUUCAAUGCAAACAAGAAGCCAACAAGGUCACAACUGAUGAGUUCUACAUCCUCACCACACCAUUCAUCAAGAAUAAGUACAAGGCCAACCUUGGCCUUUUGUUUGCAAAGACACUCAUCAAUGUGACGCAUCUAGCUCAAGACUUGGAAAGCAACAACAAGCUUUGUGUGCGCUUUGGGAGACUCAUCACGGCCAUAGUGCAACAUGUGGGACUUGCCAUUCCUAACUAUGAGCCACUACCCAAGCCAAUCCCUUUGGAUCUCCAUGCUCUUCAGCAAAUACACUUCCUAAACCGUUGGACUCAAAACCCAACUAAGUUUUGCUAUAAGUUUCCAAUUGGACCAACCAACACUUCGCUUGUCUUGUUGCCACAUGAGGAUAUCCCAAGCCUACGCUCUGGUGUUGUCAGUUUCCAACUGAUCGGCGGAUCAGGUCCCCUUUCCUAUCCCUGA